AUGACCACAAUUGCUGAUACAAGCCGAAUGCGAAAGCCUCGAGCAUGUAUCCCUUGUCAUGAGCGCAAGGUCAGAUGCAACGCGAGCCAUACCGGGUUACCUUGCACAAGAUGUAUUCAACAUGAACGAGUUGCUGUGUGUGAACUAGUUCCGCUUCCCGACCGGUCUAUUGCGAGGCUUAAGGCACGCAAACGGCAGGCCAGUGACAGACGUAUAGAACAGCAGCCUCCAGCUAUCAUCUCCAAGACAGCCUCUCAAUCCGACCUUACAGAUUUCGUUCCAGCAGCCUGUGGACUAGCACCAAUUACGACAUGUACUACACCGGAGCUCCGUGAACUAUCUGUCAAGAGCAAGGGUAGAGACCAGGAUACCAGCGGAGUGGCGGAAGAAGAUUGUCAGCUGGAAACCUGCCUAAAAAUGGCUCAAACUGAAGAUGAACGCACAAAUCUUACAUUCGGUACAUCUACGUCCCGUGUCCGUGAGAUUUUUGCUUAUCACGGAGGCAUCGACCCUACUACAAUCCUUGGUCAGGUUUUGAGCGACAAGAAACCACGCAGGUACAUCAAAAUCCCGCUACGUGAACCUCCCAAUGUUGGAAACCAAUCUGGAAGCUGCUUGGACAUUAGAUCAACGGCAUAUUUGCAAAGUAUUGGAGCACUGGAUAUUCCUCCAUCCUCCACAUGUCAAAAACUUGUCCGGCUUUACUUCGAACGAGUAUUUCCAUAUGUUCCAGUACUAGACCGUGUGUCUUUCAUGAGAAAACUAUCAGAGGGAACUUGCUCGAUAUUUCUGCUGCAGUGCAUCUUAACAAGCGUCACGCCAUAUAUGUCUAUCGAGAUGCUGUUGGAAGCCGGGUACUCAGACCGGACCCAAGCGCAGAGAGAACUCUUUUCAAAGGCCCAGCUGCUCUACGACCACGGCGCAGAGAGGUCUCAAUUGCACCUCCUGCAAGGUUCUUUAGUGCUCACGGCCUCAUAUUUCUCAUUCGGGUUGGAUAAAGACUGCAGGUUCUGGUUAAGCAACGCUGUCCGACUUGCUACACAAAUGGGCCUUCAUCGGAAGCAAAUCGUCGACCAGCUCGAUGAUGAAACCAAGAGAUUAUUUGUCAGAAUCUUCUGGGCCAUGUAUUCUAGGGAUGUCAUCAUGGUCAUGGGUGGACGAGUCAACGUUCGUGCUCUAGAUGAACGGUAUAUCGACAUGGUUGAAGUUACUGAAGAGGACUGGGAAUAUGAGCCAGAACAUCAACUGGCUCAUUAUGGGCUGUCUCCCGUUUCAGCACUUCAAAAAUCAUAUCUCGUCCACAGCUCACGACUAGCCCGGAUAUGUGCUCAGUAUAUCGAGCUAUUUAGACGACCAGGCGAACCGCCGCCGAGAAACGCCUGCCGAAAGCUUGAGGAAAAGAUAUUUCACUGGAGAAUAGGAUUGCCUCCAGAGCUCCAAUUUGAGACUGUGGAUAAUUGGUCACCUGAGAAUGUGUGGGUUCUUCUUCUAAGAGCGAUGGGGUACCGCUUGGAAUGCUUUCUCUACAGAGACAUGCGACUGCUGCUAAGAUCUGAGUCGGAUUCCCUCAGGAGCCCAUUUUUGCAAAAACAACAAAGCGCCAUGUUGGAGCUUGAUUCCAUCAUUCAUCGCAUCAUGCUGUAUGACCUUGUAGGCUUCUUUCCGCUCUCCAUGACCACAUGCGCUUCCACUGUGAUAGCCAUGCAUAUUGAGUGCGCAUUGAGCGCGUAUUCUAGUGACACGCAACGGCAGUGGAGCCAGACAAGCAUUCAUAGUGGCCUUGCUUACCUUAGGGCAAGCUUACAGAACUGGGACAGUGUCAGGUGGUCCCUGCGCAUGUUAGAUGUCAUCGUGUCCAGGUCGAGGCUAUCUUUGGCUGCUCCAGAACAUCGUAAGAAAGACUUGCCACCUGUGCGCAGCUGUCGGCGGGAGGAAGCCACUGGAGAAAAUCAGACGGCGGGGUUGAGUACUACAAGGCAAGAAACGAGCCCAACACUUAUCUUGGAGGAGCCUGACGCUGCCUGGGCCUCUAUGCCAAUAACUUCAAUCUUUUCUGCAAUGGAACCCGAGUUUACAUUUGAGUCGAUUCCACCGGAUGUCUGUGAGAAACAGGGGUUUAGUGAAACGUUCGUCGAAGACGUACUCAGCUCGUGGGAUUAG